CCCCUUUAAGAACGCGCCACGGUGAGCGUGGGAUGGACGUGUGUCGGUUUGUUAAUGAAGUGUCACCUGACCCUGUCCUAACAUUGCACGGGGGGAGAGGAUAUAUAGUCCAAAUAAACAUACAUUCGAGUGAGUGGAAGACACAAUUAUUUCCAACAUCUCCAUACAGUAUAGCCUAGUAGCCUAUUCAGCCUCCUUGGAUUGGUGCGCCGGUCAGUGUUGGCUCUUGGCACAGGGGUUAGAGGCACAUCUGCUGUCGACAGAGGCUCGUUGUCCUUCUCUAUCAGACAUUCUUGAUCAGAAGAAAACGUCCGGAGCGAAGAUUUUAAUCAACGAGCCGACUGUGCGUCACUACAAAAUCGUUAUUUUGAAAGCGCCCCCGUGCAUUUGACUCCUUCGGUUUGCCUUUUUUCCGUGCGUCGUGGAGAAGGAAACACUGACGGUGUAUCCGAUGCUCCCGCAAAACGGAUAACGGAAUAUUCUAUGUAUGUUUGACGAAGGUUGGACAUUUGGCCAAACCCAUUCAUUGUAAGGAUAAGAAUCGCUGCGCGGUCGCAACGUUUUCAAUCUCCUGAUUGCUUCUUUAUUAUUGCUUUAUUGCUGUGGGCUGAGGAAAUACAUUGUAUUUCUAGCGUAGUGUUACGUAAGAGUGACUUUAUCCAAGGUGCUGAAUUUAACGGUAUAGCGGGACAUAGAAGGAAGAAGGCAAUCUUGUUUAAGUCUACCCAGGUCAGAGCACACAUCAACGUGACCCAAUUAUUUAAUGAAAUAUUUAUUUAUUUAUUUGAGCUAAUAUUGCAAAUUGUUCGCCCAUCCAGAAGGUCACAGGCCUAUACGUGGGAGAUUUGGAGAGGACCGCACAGCACUGGCAUCGUUGAUACCCGUAUUCCUGUAGCAAGACCGCCUUUUAUUUCUCUCUUUGGUUAAAUCAAUUCUUAAGGUGGUCGACUACACGAGGAGAAAAUGUCGGGGCAGACGCUCACGGAUCGUAUUGCCGCUGCGCAGUACCAGUUGACGGGAUCAGAGGUAUCCCGCGCCGUCUGCAAAGCCACCACUCACGAGGUGAUGGCGCCCAAGAAAAAGCACCUGGAAUAUCUGAUAUCGGCUACCAAUGCGACCAACGUGAACAUCCCUCAGAUGGCCGACACUCUGUUUGAGAGGGCCACCAACGCCAGCUGGAUUGUCGUCUUCAAGGCCCUAGUCACCACACACCACAUGUGUGUCCAUGGAAACGAGAGGUUCAUCCAAUACCUGGCCUCCAGGACCGCUCUGUUCAACCUCAGCAACUUUAUCGACAAAACAGGCUCCCACGGCUAUGACAUGUCUACGUUCAUCAGACGUUACGGCCGCUACCUCAAUGAGAGGGCCUUUGCCUAUCGCCAGAUGGCUUUCGACUUCACCAAAGUCAAGAAGGGUGCUGAAGGGGUGAUGAGGACAAUGGCUCCAGACAAGCUGUUAAAAGGCAUGCCCGUCCUGCAGACCCAGAUCGACACACUGCUGGAGUUUGAUGUCCACCCCAAGGAGCUGAAUAACCCUAUCAUCAACGCAGCGUUCCUGCUGCUCUUCAAGGAUCUGGUCAAGCUGUUUGCCUCCUACAACGAUGGGGUCAUCAAUCUAUUAGAGAAAUACUUUAAGAUGAAGAAGAGCGACUGCAAGGAGGCCUUGGAGAUCUAUAAGAGGUUCCUGACCAGGGUCACCAAGAUUGGAGAGUUCAUGAAGCUCGCUGAGACAGUCGGUGUCGAAAAAAAUGACAUUCCAGACAUCAACUAUGCUCCCAGUAGCAUCCUGGAGUCUCUGGAGACACACAUGAACAGCUUGGAGGGGAAGAAGGGUGAAGGGUCUCCAACAAAGGGGUCCCCCACCAAUAACGUGUCCCCGACCUCCACCCCCGCCAAAUCUGCAGCCGCCGUGCCCACCCUAGUGCCGCCACCCGAAGAAGCCACUGAUUCUCUGUUGGAUCUGGACCCUCUGUCCUCCUCUGGUCCGUCAGCAGGAGCCUCAGCAGCCCCUAUGUCCUGGGGAGACCUCCUUGGAUCAGAUGCGUUUUCGACCCCUGCUCCCGCCUCUGAUGCCUCUGCCACUGCCGAGGGCGGGGCUCCGGCCCCGGCCCCCACGCCAACCCCAGCUGCCGACGCUGCAGCCGACCCCUUUGCCCCCACUGGUAGCAGCUCAAAUGCAGUAGGCCCAGGGCUGGACCUGUUUGCCAUGAUGCCAAUGGAGAACAACUGCUUUAACUCAGUGGCGCCCCCUCCUGCCCCCUCAUCCACCAUCGCAGCACCCACCCCCCCCACCACUCCAUCGAUAGACCUCUUCAGUGCUAUGUUUGAUUCAAUGCCAGAUCCAAGCUUCACCAAAGCAGACCCUGCCCCCAGUGUUGACAUGUUUGGAGCAGAUGCAUUCUCCUCCCCUGCCCCCUUCCUCUCCUCAGACCCCCCAACUGACAAGGGGGCGAUCAUGGACAUGUUUGGGGACUCCACCGGUGGAGAAACCCAACCUGCUGCACCUGCAGCUGCCUCUGGUGCUGAGCUGAUGGCAGCGUUUGAUGGUCUAGGGGAUGUGUUGAUGCCUGCCAUGACGCCCCAGACUGGGGCCGCCUCAUCUCCAGUUAAACAUAUGGGAGGGGACCUAGACGCCACCAUGGCUAACAUGGCUAGCAAUCUGGGAAUGGGAGGCCAAAAAACGGGGGAGAACACGAUGGGAAGUGGAGGCUGGUCAACUCCUCAGGUAGCUCCUCCAAGUUGGGGCGCUCCCAUGAACGUUCCAAUGGGAUCCCCUUCUUUUAUGGGGUCUUACCAAGGAUUCAGCAUGGGCGGGGCGGCCGGCGCUGGAGCUCCCAUGAUGCCCAUGGUUAGGCCAGGCUUUGGAGCCCCUGCAGCCCCAGGAGCACCGAUGGGAUCUCCAGGGAUGGCCGGGAGCCCGAGGAGGCCUCCGCCCCCCAAGAAUGCCCUGGAUGACCUCAACAUCAAGGACUUCAUGUAAACCCCUCUAACCCAUCCCUCUGAGAGGUUGUUGUUAUGUCUGGAGCUGUGGAUGUGGAUGUGUGCACCCCCGUCUCCCUCCUGUCACGCCCCAGCCCCUUCAGCCAAUCAACCAUCAGCACUACGACCCCUGUCCUCUGACUUCCCCGUAACCUCUGUCUGCUGUUGUAGCAAAAGCUGUGGAUGUGAAUCAUAGACACAGAAAACUAAACUGUGUAUGAGUGUGUGUGUGUACUUCAAUGUUAUCCUUUACCUAAACUAAGAAAAAAAUGUACCAUAAAAAAUGAUAGUGUAUUUAGAUUUGUUCUGGAACUCCCACGUGUCAGCUGACUUGGAAUGGUGGAUCUGUGUUGAUUUUCUUGCGCGUUUCCCAGACGAGGAUUGUGUUGUUAACCGUGGACUGUGUUCGGUGUGUGUAAACCUCACUGGCCAAUCCCUGCCCUAUCCUCUCCCUCGCUAUCCAAUCAAAUUUGUAUAUUGCUGUCUUUCUAACAUUAUUCAACACUUAGUUGUACUCCUCUCCAUUAAUUGAGCCACCCAGCCUCUGAGAACAGAUGCAGUAAUAUUGAAAUAUGUACAACUGUCACCACAAAUCUGGGUUUACGAGAUGACAAAUCAUACGACAAAAUGUUUUGUUUUUAUUUUGUCUAUUUUUUUGAUUGUGUGUUACAUGCAACAUUUGUGGACUAUGUUCAAAUUGACAUAUGCAUUUUAGAAUAUUUUUAAGUAUAGAUUAUACAUAUAUUUAUUUCAUCUUUAUUUUGAGAGAAAAUGUAUCAUAUAUUUUAGUUAUGUCUGAAUUCUAGGGUUUUAAAAAAUUCAAGCAGUUUCGAAAAAUAUCUCAUCUGUAUUUGGAGGCAGCACUGAAUGCAACUCAGCCCCCAGUGUUUACUGUGGCUCACCCUGUUGGUGUGGAGUGUUACUGCAUUUGACCAUGUCAAGUGAAGUUGAUCUAGGCUGCAUCCAAAUACUUUUAAAAAAUCCUCAUUUACUUGUCUCCUUUACUUAACGGCCAAUUAUCUGAAUUGAAUUGAUAGGUGAAAGGCAAUUGGUGAAAACCAACCAGUGGUCAUGAAAUGAAGGAGACAAGGAAAGGAGGUUUGUAAAUAUUGUUGGGACACAGCCCAUGUCAACCUAAGGCUUAGGUGGCAAACUCAUUCCACGGAGGACCGAGUGUCUGCAGGUUUUCGCUCCUACUUUGUACUGGAUUGAUGAAUUUAAGGUGACUAAUGAGUAAGGAACUCCCCACACGUGGUUGUCUAGGGCUUAAUUGAAAGGACAAACCAAAAAAAACAGCAGACACUAGGCACUUCAUGGAAUGAUUUUGACAAGCCUGACCUAAGGUCAUUGUGGAGCAGUGAUCAGUAGAGUUGUAUUGUCUCCCGUAGCAACACUCCAGAGGUGUUGGGAACUCGUUAGCUGUAAACCGCUCAGAUGUACACUGGAUGUUCUAUGUGUUGGUUUUCUUCCAAAGUGACUAUCUUAAUCUGUUGUGGGGAAAAAAGUAUUGAGAAAGAAAAAGAGGAAUAAAACGUAUAAAAUAAAAAAUGUGGAUAACAAUAUUUGCUAUAUAUUUGGUUGAAGGCCGUGUUUGGUUCUUGGAUGGCAUCACUCCUCUCCUCUCCCCCACUUGCAUGUGAGUCCCUUGAGAUGCAAUAAAAUACAAAUACACUGA